AUGGCCGUUGGAGAUCAGAAGGAUGCCCCCCUGAAGGGGUCCGUCGAUCCUGAAGUCACAUCGGCUGGACAGUCGACUACUGACAGGGACUCUCAGGAUGGUUCCUCGUCGACACACAUCUUCUCAGAUCCAACAGUCGCGAACUGGUGGAGAAAACGCUAUGAGGACGCCGAGUAUGAGAACCGGCACCGCUUCGACCCAUCUUAUACGUGGAAGCCCGAGGAGGAGAGGAAGCUUCUCCGAAAGAUUGAUCUCCGUAUCAUGACGUGGACUUGGCUCAUGUUUACCGCCCUGGACAUUCACCGUAGGAACAUCAACCGUGCCAUUUCCGACAACAUGUUGCCUGAGCUCGGCAUGGACACCAACCACUUCAACUAUGGUCAGACGAUCUUCCUCGUCUCCUUUUUGGCCGCUGAGCUUCCAAGCGGUCUGAUCAGCAAGAAGGUUGGCGCAGACCGCUGGAUCCCCUUUAUCCUAGCGGCUGCCUCCAUCCUGGCUGGCUCCCAGGCUUUCAUCCAUAACCAGGCAUCCUUCUAUGUCAUAAAGUGUCUUAUGGGGCUUACCAUGGGAGGAUUCAUUCCGUAUGCUUUCAUUCCCCAGACCUCGCCCUCUCCAUCCCCCCCCUCUCUCUCUCCUCUCUUCCCAGACGGAACAGUUUUACUGACAAUGAGCAGUGAUAUGAUUCUGUGGCUUACCUACUUUUACAAGUCUAACGAGCUACCUGUGAGACUUGCCUGCUUCUGGACAGCUCUCAGCUUCUCCAACAUCAUCGACGCCCUCAUUGCCGCCGGUGUACUCCAGAUGAGAGGUAUUCAGGGCUGGAGUGGAUGGCGCUGGCUCUUCCUGCUUGAAGGCCUCGUAACCUUGGUCAUCGGAAUUCUGUCAUGGGGCAUGAUGCCUGCUGGGCCGUGCCAGACACGCAGCUGGUUCCGUGGAAAGAACGGCUGGUUCACUGACCACGAGGAGAGCAUCAUGGUCAACCGACUCUUGCGCGACGAUCCGAGCAAGGGAGACAUGAACAACCGCCAAGGAGUCAACGGCUCCAAGCUGGUGGCCGCACUGAGUGACUGGGAGCAGUGGCCGCUGUACCUGAUCGGUCUGACGGCUUACAUCCCGCCUUCCCCGCCGUCGACGUACAUCUCCUACAUCCUGCGCGAGAUUGGCUUCUCCGUCUUCCAUGCCAACUUGUUGGUGAUGCCGUCUCAGGUCUUGUUCGCCAUCAACCUCGUCAUCCUCUCGUGGGUGUCCGUCAAGUUCAAGGAGCGCGCAAUCGUAUCGUCGGUGGCCAACAUCUGGAUGCUGCCCUUCCUCAUCGCGCUCGUGGCCCUCUCCAACCCGAGCCACUGGCUACGCUACGGCUUGUUGACGGGCAUCCUCAGCUACCCCUACUGCCACGCCAUCGUGGCCGGUUGGAACGCCAAGAACAGCAAUUCGGUGCGUACCAGGGCGGUCAGCGCGGCCCUGUACAACAUGGCAGUGCAGGCGGGCAACAUCGUCGGCGUCAAUAUCUACCGAGACGACGACGCACCCCUAUACCGCAGGGGUAACAAGGUCAUCCUCUCCAUCUGCUGCUUCAACAUCGUCCUCCUCUUCGCCGUCAAGGCCUUCUACAUCUGGCGAAACAAGAUCCGCGACGAGAGAUGGAACGCCAUGACAAAGGAGGAGCAGGAGGACUACUCGCUCAACACGACCGAUGAGGGUAUGAAGCGUCUCGAUUUCCGCUUCUCUCAUUAA